UGUGCCCUAGUCUCCGCCUCCCUCCGGCCGCAGGUGGGUGUCGGGAGGAGGGGACAGCGGCGGGCGCGGGGAGGGGGCACCCCGCGGCGAGGGCUAUGGCCGAGCCGGGAGCCCAAGAGCCCGAACCCCGGGCCCGCAGUCCCAGUGUCUCGGCCGCCGCCGCCAUGGCCCGCCCGCAGCUCUUCCGCGCGCUGGUGUCGGCGCAGUGGGUGGCCGAGGCGCUGCGCUCCCCGCGCGCCGGGCAGGGGCCGCCGCUGCAGCUGCUGGACGCCUCCUGGUACCUGCCCAAGCUGGGCCGCGACGCGCGCCGCGAGUUCGAGGAGCGGCACAUCCCGGGGGCCGCCUUCUUCGACAUCGACCAGUGCAGCGACCAAACGUCGCCCUACGACCACAUGCUGCCCGGCGCCGCGCGCUUCGCCGAGUACGCGGGCCAGCUGGGCGUGGGCGCGGGCACCCACGUGGUGGUGUACGACGCCAGCGACCAGGGCCUGUACGCCGCGCCCCGCGUCUGGUGGAUGUUCCGCGCCUUCGGCCACGCCGCCGUGUCGCUGCUGGACGGCGGCCUCCGCAACUGGCUGCGCCAGGGCCUGCCGCUGAGCUCGGGCAAGAGCCGGCCCGCGCCCGCCGAGUUCCGCGCCACGCUGGACCCCGCCUUCGUCAAGACCUUCGAGGACAUCAAGGAGAACCUGGAGUCCCGGCGCUUCCAGGUGGUGGACGCCCGCGCCGCCGGCCGCUUCCAGGGCACCGAGCCUGAGCCCCGAGAUGGCAUCGAGCCUGGCCACAUCCCCGGCACCGUGAACAUCCCCUUCACGGACUUCAUGACCAAGGAGGGCCUGGAGAAGACGCCCGAGGAGAUCCGCCGCAUGUUCCAGGACAAGAAGGUGGACCUGUCCCGGCCGCUGGUGGCCACGUGCGGCUCCGGCGUCACGGCCUGCCACGUGGCGCUGGGGGCCUACCUCUGCGGCAAGCCGGACGUGGCCAUCUACGACGGCUCCUGGGUGGAGUGGUACAUGCGGGCCCAGCCCGAGGAGAUCAUCUCCGAGGGCCGGGGGAAGACCCGCUGAGGCGGGCGGACGGGACACAGGAAGCUCAGGGGGCGCCCGGCCACCGCGGGGCCAGCCUGGUCGUUCUCACGCUGUUCUCAGCAGAAGAGCGUUUCUUUCUCCAACUCCGGGGGCGCACGGGGUGCCACCCAGGAGGCCAGGACUUCCUCUGACUGUGGGCGGGUGGGAGGUGGUGGUGGACACAGGGCGAGGGGAGCCACCCACAUGCAGUGGAGUCGGGCCCCACCUCCCUUCUGGUUUACUUCUGAGGAAAUAAAAAAGCCAAGUGCUAAGUGCUUCU